AUGGCACCACCAAAACCAAAUAGAGCAAAACAAAAUCAAAUUAAUAAAAAAAAAAAGUUUCAAGAGAGUGCCGCUAAAAAACAGGUAACAGCAGAACAAUAUAUUGAAGAGGGUGAAAAACAUGCAGCAACCUAUCAUUUCGAUAAGGCAUUAGAGUGUUUUAAAAAUGCAUUAAUAUUGGAACCAGAAAACACACUUGUUAUGGAUACUAUUGGUGAAAUAUUAUUGGAAUCAGGUGACCUCGAACAAGCCAAAAGCUACUUCUAUAAAUCGAUUCAAGUAAAUUCAGACGACAGUGCAACUAAAUAUAUGAAUCUUGGUCAAUUGGUAGGUGGCGAUGAUGCCCUCAAGUGUUAUAAUAAAGGUGUAGAAAUUAUGGAGCGUGAAUUAAAGAAAUUAAUUGCAUUGACACCAACAGGCGAAGAACAAAAUAAAGUACCAAAACCAUUAAAACCACAACAACUAGAUGAUGACAAUGAUGAAGAGAAAAUGGACGAUGAGGAGGAAGAAGAGGAAGAGGAAGAGGAAUCACCAAUUGCAAUUAUAAAAGCCCAAUUAUGCUCUGCAUUAUGUUCAAAAGCAGAGCUUUAUCUUACAGAUCAAUGCUUUGACGACGAUGCCGAAACUCAAUGCGAAACUAGUUUAUUAAAAGCAAUCGAAUACUCACCAUACUCACCAGAACCAUACAGUUUAAUGGCAUCAAUGAAAAUCAGUCAAGUUAAAAACACCGACGCCAUCCAAUACUUGAAUAAAUCAUACAGUCUUUGGGAAACAUCAGAUAUCGAUGAUCGUCCAGAAUUCGAUUAUCGUUAUAAUAUUGCAUUACUUUUUAUAGAGUUAAAACAAAAUAGAACCGCUGUAGAUAUUUUAGAACAAUUGGUAAACGAACAGGAUAAUAUAGCUGAGGUUUGGUAUACAUUGGGUGUCGUAUAUAAUAGUUUGGAUGAGCCUUUAUCCGCUCAAGAUUGUUUAUCCACUGCAAAAGAUCUUUUAAAAAUCACUAAAAUCAAAGACAGAGAAUUAGAAAAACUAGUUUCAGAUUUAUUAAAAAAGGUUGAAAAAGAUGUUUCAUUAUUACCACCAGAAGAAUUAAAUCAAUUUAACGAUGAUGAUGAUGAAGAUAAUCAAGUUGUUGCCGAAGAUGAAGAAGACGAAGAAAUGAAUUCAAAUAUAUAAAAAACAAAAAAAAUAAAAUAUAAAAACUAUUAAUUUUCUUUAUAUAUAC